CAUAGAAAUCUCACAUGAAUAGUGCUGUGUCCUGUGUUAUAUAUGAUUGAAUAGCCACUCUCACUCCUUCACCACUUUCGCUUUUCUCUUAUUGUCCUUUCAUUCGUCAUCAGUGUAAAUACAUCUUUUACCUCAGGCCUUUUGUACAUUCCUCACUUCCAUAUUGGAUACUGGGUGGCCCUUCCUUCUACUCAUCCCUUCGUACACUUGUCAACAACCACUUAGACCGCGUCCUUUGUCCCCGUUGCUUGGUUCAGCACACGCUCGGUUCACUUGAGAAAAAGCAUAUACCCAUACUACACGUCAGGCCCUUCCAUCUACCUCACAAAAUGCAUUCAGUCGCCCCCGAGAAGACAACUCCCUCCACAGCCACCACUAACGGCCACACGAACGGCCACUCCAAACACGACGCCAUGACCUCCCCCUCCACGAUCCAGCAGAAAUUCCUCUCAGCCCCAUCAGAGCUAGGCGUCGUCCUAGUUGGCUUCUCCGGCGGUCAAUGUAAAGACGGCGUCGAUGCCGCCCCUACAGCACUCGUGGGCGCAGGCCUCCUCGAUCAGAUCAGCGAUGAGUUGGGCUACACCCUCCACGGCGACAGUGAAGUGCACAACUACAACGAGAUGCGGCCCGCGAACGACGAACCCCACCGAGGCAUGAAGAACCCGCGAUCCGUCUCCGCAGUGACCCAGAAACUGGCCACACAAGUCUACGAACAAGCCAAGGAAGGCCGCAUGGUCCUCACGCUAGGAGGCGACCACAGCAUUGCAAUCGGCACGAUCGCAGGCAGCGCCAAGGCCAUACGUGAGCGGUACCAAGGUCGCAAAGAAGUUGCAGUGAUCUGGGUCGACGCGCACGCAGACAUCAACACACCCGAAACUUCGGACUCGGGCAAUGUACACGGCAUGCCCGUCGCAUUCCUUACGGGGCUGGCGACGUCCAACGAGAAGGAUGUCUUCGACUGGCUGCAGGACGACCAGAAGAUCAGCACCAGCAAGCUCGUUUACAUCGGCCUCCGCGACGUGGAUAGAGGCGAGAAGAAGAUCCUACGCGACCACGGUAUCCGCGCCUUCAGCAUGCAUGACAUUGACAGACACGGUAUCGGACGUGUUGUUGAGAUGGCUCUUGCGCAUAUCGGGUCCGACACACCUAUUCACCUCAGUUUCGAUGUUGACGCAUUGGAUCCAAUGUGGGCGCCUAGCACGGGAACACCUGUCAGAGGAGGUCUGACGCUACGUGAGGGUGACUAUAUUGCCGAAUGUGUCCACGAGACUGGUCAAUUGGUCGCGAUGGAUCUGGUCGAGGUCAAUCCCAGUCUUGAGGUCACUGGCGCAUCGGAGACGGUGAGGGCAGGUGUCAGUCUGGUUCGGUGUGCAUUGGGCGAUACGUUGCUAUAGACCUGCCAGUGGUGGUCACGAGAUAUGAUGGACGAUUACGGAGUGAGCACAUGAAAUUGAUUAUUCCAAUGCACCCCGGCUGCGGUAUUGACAUUGGCAUGGCAUGUAGGGGCAAGACAAAAAGGGGGUUGAUAACUUGGAGUACAAAAUUGGUCGAGAGACAACAACUUUGCGGGCUCUCUGGAAACAAAAGCUGACGUGGUGAGACAACACGAACAAGGACAGCCUUGCAUAGAACAGGGGUUGCUAAAAAGAUAGAUUUCCUAGAUACGUUCCAUCAAACCGUUCCACAACGUUACUUUGACAAACCCUGUCCA